AAAGAGAGCAAAGAAAGAGAUAGUUUGUCCAACAUGGCCAGGAACAACAAUUGAUUCCAGAACACUCUUUUUGUUACCCACACAACAACAGAAGAGAAGAGAAGAGAAGGAAACAAUGGCUGCUUUUAUCUCCAUUCCAUCUCUAUUGGGUUGCUGUCCUUGUUCUACUGCAUUGUCUUCAAAACCCUUUCAAAUUCAAACCCUACAACCCCAAAUCCUACCUUCUCCUUCUCUUUCCCAUCGCCCCAUUUAUGCUUCCAACCUUUCUACUAUCUUAGGGUUUCCAACCCCGCUUUCUUGUGUUAAUCGAAGGACCCUUUUCAAGUCUUAUCUCUCUUUCCAAGAUUCCCCUCCAACUACAAAAGAUGCAACGGAGGAGACUCAGAAUGAUGUUAGAUUGACAGAUGAUGAUGAUGAGGAUGAAAAAUCUUUACCCAGCUUAAUGGCCCUCACUGAAGCAUACAAGGAAGCCCUUCUUAAUGGGGAUGAUAAAACUGUAUCUCGGAUUGAAGAGAGAAUACAUUCAAUGGCAUAUAAAAAAAAUAAGUUGAUUCAGAAAGUAUCAACUUUGUCGGCAAAGAAAGUUGGUUCUAAGGAGGAAUAUCUUCGCUUACAAGCGGAUUUUGAUAAUUUUAGGAAAAGAACUCAGAAAGAGAGACUUAGGACCCAGUCUGACGCCCAACAAGAAGUCAUUGAGAAACUUCUGUUGAUGGUGGACAAUUUUGAGAGAGCCAAACAACAAAAUAAAGCAGUGACGGAAAAAGAGAAGAAAAUUGAUGCAAGCUAUCAAGGUAUUUACAAGCAAUUCGUAGAGAUUUUGAGGAGCCAUCAUGUUUCUGUGGUAGCAACCGUGGGCAAGCCUUUUAAUCCCUUGCUACAUGAAGCCAUUGGACGUGAGGAGUCCGUAGAGUUCAAGGAAGGGAUUAUAAUUAAAGAAUCCCGACGUGGUUUCUUGCUCAAAGAUCAGGUUCUAAGGCGAGCACUUGUCAAGGUUUCCUUAGGGCCUGGCAAUAAGAAAUCUCCAGUGGCUUCUGACAAGUCCAAGGAGCAUCCUUCAACAGCUGCUGGAAUAGAUGAAAGAUAGUCUCUUGAACUUUCUCACAUAUUCAUUAAAAGUCUAGUUUCACCUUCCUUCCUGAUAUCUUGUCAUUGGUCAACUUAAAAUGCUUCUUAUGUACUAUAUUUGGGUAUUUUGGCCCCAGGUGAGUGAGUAUUAGCCCUUGUAGUAUGGACCUUGCAAGUUUUAACUUGUGUCCAACUGCACUCCCAUUUUUGUUUCAUCAUGGAAAUAGGGAAUUCAUUUUGAUGACGAGAAAAUGGUGAGUUUAUUGUGCAUUCCAUUUUUACCAGUUUUAGAAAUGGUUCUUUCUUCUUGAAAAUUUCUGGUGGUAUUGUCCCUCAUC